AAACUCAAAACUCAAAAGAGACCUAAAGAUUUGCCGGGUCUUUUGCGUUAUCUUUUGGCUAAGCAUGAAAAGGCAUUGCAGCUGUCCACGAUGGAGACCACCAUACCUGGCAUUACUGGGGUAUCCGAACCAUCCAGCUCUCAGACAGACUUCCCGACUUCUCAGCCAACCAGUGUCUCCUAUUCUGGGAACACUUCUCCAGUUUCCUCUCAGUCAUAUGAAAUCACUCCAAUUUCAGCCACCACACCACCGAGGAGAGUCAGAGUGGACUUCAAGCAGAGGUCGCGUCCUCCGGUUACUAGCAUGAAUAAAGCUGUGACUCUCACACUUGUGGUUAUGUGCACAGUGACAGGAGUUUCUGGAUUGGUGGUUGCAGCCAUAUGCUGGUACAGGCUUCAGAAAGAAGUACGUUUGGCUCAAAAGAUGGCAUACACCGAAACUCGGGGGAACCAGUACCGAUACCAUCAACCCAGCGCAUAUAUGGAUUCCAGGCUAGCACAGUCUUGUCAAGUUCAUCACUAUCAGCAUCGGAAGAAACUUCUUACUGGCGAGGAGAGACAAUCCUCCAAAACAAUGGAGCAGAACCCUACAGAAUCAGAGAGUGAAAGUGGAGACUACACGGUAUAUGAAUGUCCUGGAUUGGCCCCGAGUGGAGAAAUGGAGAUCCACAACCCUCUCUUCGACACCUCCACCCUCCACCGAUGUCCCCCCUAAUUUCCCUCCUGUUUGUCUUCCUUCCUUCGUCUUAUCUUGUCAUCUGCUGGAUCCAUGUAGGAAAGAUUCAAAUGUACAAACACCUCCCAAGGUGCCGCCUGUCCGUCCUCUUCCUUUGAAGGAAGAUCAUAUCCAUCCCACCUAUUCCUAUAUCCUCUUGUGCUACUACUAGGGGAAUGCUUUCAGGCUUUUAGGAGAUUUUCUAUCAUAGCUUUGUUUCAGUUGAAGGUCUUCUGACAAUGGAUUUUUAUCCUGGAAGUUCCUAUGAUCGUUUGGAGACCUUGAGACAAGCUCUCCUGAUGCCAUCAACUCUUGAACUGGGAGGGUUUAUUAUUGUAUCCAAUCUAGCUGUGGAGAUAUAAGGAGCAGAAGACUUCAUUUGUCAUGUACAAAAAGAGAAUGGAGAGGCACGCUUAGAGAUCUAAGAUUGACCCAAAGCAUUUUGCUCAUCAGUGGUGUCCACUCUUUCCUGGACGAUAUAUAUAUGUAUAUGCAUAUGUGUAUGUGUAUAUGCUGGUCUUGUUGUAUUCGGGUCUUUUCCCGUGUAAG